AUGUACUGCAAUGGAAUCUAUCAUCUCUUCUACCAGUACAGCCCGAAGGGAGUUGUGUGGGGCAACAUCGUUUGGGCUCACUCCAUCUCUAAGGACCACAUCAACUGGGUCGCCCUUGACUCGACCAUCUACUCAUCCAAGCCCUUCAACAUAAAUGGGUGCUGGUCCGGAUCUGCCACCAUCCUCCUGGGCAACAAAUCCGUCAUCCUCUACACUAGACUCGACCCCCAGAACAAGCAAGUCGAGAGCUACGCCGUACCUGCUAACCUAUCCGACCAGUAUCUCCGUGAAUGGUUCAAACCCAACGACAACCCCCUUAUGGUUUCCACCCCGAACAUGAACACGAGCGCGUUUCGUGACCCGACCAUGGGCUGGAUCGGGCGAGACGAGCAUUGGAGAAUGGUCGUUGGCAGCCGAAUGAAGCAUCAGGGAAUGGCCUACUUAUACCAAACUAGAGAUUUCAUGAAUUGGGUCAAGGCAAAGCACCCACUCCACUCCACUCCGAAAAUCGGAAUGUCGGAAUGGCCGAAUUUUUACCCAAUUGCGGGCGCGGGCAGCACGGGUUGGACACAUUGGUGCUGGGAGAACACGUGA